UCUCAGACUGACAUUCAUUCAGCACUCACUGCCACCUUUUAAACAGAUUUACUCUGUUCGCUUAGCUGCUAGUGUCAAUACCCGAUACCUUGUUCACUUCACUUCGUCUCCAGCACCAUGCUCAGGAUGCUACAGAAACUCCGUCUCCAGCCAGGGAUGAUUAUAUUAUUGAUAUGGCUCUGUCAUUUCAUGGAAGAUCAAAAAGUACAAGCUGGCAACUGCUGGUUACAGCAAGGGAAGAACGGGAGGUGUCAGGUGCUCUACGUGCCGGGGAUGAGCCGAGAGGAGUGUUGUCGAAGCGGGAGGCUGGGGACGUCAUGGACCGAGGAGGAUGUACCCAACAGCACCUUGUUCCGGUGGAUGAUCUUUAACGGCGGAGCCCCUAACUGCAUACCCUGCAAAGGUUCAAGUUUUAUUAGUCAAACGUGUGACAACGUGGACUGUGGACCCGGAAAGAGCUGCAAGAUGAACCGGAGAAGUAAGCCGCGCUGCGUCUGUGCUCCAGACUGCUCCGAAGUCACCUGGAAAGGACCUGUCUGCGGCUCGGAUGGAAAGACAUACAAAGACGAGUGCGCGUUGCUCAAGUCCAAAUGUAAAGUCCAUCUGGACCUGGAUGUGCAGUACCAGGGCAAAUGCAAGAAGACCUGCCGGGACGUCUUGUGCCCGGGAAGCUCCACGUGCGUCGUGGACCAGACAAAUAACGCGUACUGUGUGACCUGUAAUCGGAUCUGCCCUGAACAGACGUCACCGCAGCAGUUCCUGUGUGGCAACGACGGCAUUAUCUACGCCAGCGCCUGUCAUCUGAGGAGGGCGACAUGUCUCCUGGGAACAUCCAUAGGAGUAGCAUACCAGGGGAAAUGCAUCAAGGCCAAGUCGUGCGAGGACAUUCACUGCAGUGUGGGGAAGAAGUGUCUGUGGGACGCCAGGAUGAGCCGAGGCCGUUGCUCCCUCUGUGAGGAGGCGUGUCCAGAGAGCCGGAUGGACGGGGCGGUGUGCGCCAGCGACAACACCACCUACCCCUCGGAGUGUGUUAUGAAGCAGACUGCCUGCUCUCUGGGAACGCUCCUGGAGGUUAAGCAUUCAGGAUCUUGCAACUCCAUAACAGGAGACCGUGAAGAAGAGGAGGAGGAGCAAGAAGAUCAGGACUACAUGGUUCACAUCCAUCUGUCCCCCUUAUUGGAUGGAUAGACUGUCUAUCAUAUCCACAUGACCUCCUUAUUGGAUGGAUAGGCUGUCUAUCAUAUCCGCAUGCUCUCAUUAUUGGUUGGAUAAGUUGUCUAUCAUAUCCACAUGCUCUCCUUAUUGGUUGGAUAAGCUGUCUAUCAUAUCCACAUGCUCUCCUUAUUGGUUGGAUAAGCUGUCUAUCAUAUCCACAUGCUCUCCUUAUUGGUUGGAUAGGCUGUCUUAUCUACCUGCCUGGUCUCCACGAAGGGAACAGUCCUAGGGCCAGGUCUCAUGUUGUCCAUACUGUACAGUACAUAUGUAUAUGCUUAUUUAUACAUAUUGUUCAGUUCUGCUAGAUGUUUUAUUUAUACUGUGUUUUGUGUUAUUUUUUAAAAUAAUUUAUACAUUUACAAUGUUCAGGAUUACUGUGUACCAGGUUAUUGUUACCACUAGUUUCUAUUGGUGUUGUUGUCCUGUUUAUUUUUUCCCUCCCUUCCUUCCUUCCUUCCUUUUUUAUUUUUUAUAUAUAAUGAAGAAAAAUAUAUUUCUCCAAAGAGAAGCAGUGUUAUUUAUUGAGUGAAGUAUCCGUCUCCAUUCUGUAAGCUGUAGUGGACUCUCAUGACUCCCUGUGCUGUACUAACCUACCUAUGUUCAAAGUGUUAGAUAUCUCUAUCACAGAUGUUUCUCAUUCACACAUCAAUGCAUCAAUGCUUUAGCCUACUGUGUGUUUAUUUAUGGGGGGAAAUCUGACCUGUCAAUCAUUUAUGUACAGAAAUGUUUCUGCUUUUUUGUUUUUGUUUAACCCAUUAUUAUAACUCGCUAAAGGGACAGUUGUUAGGGUCAAAUCUAUUUGAAUUCCAAUGCGUUUUCAGGAAGUAAACCCAAAUUUAAAAAAUGUUCCUCAUUGAAGAGAAUUGGAAUUUCAGUGUACUUCCUGAAUUGAAUGGAAUUGAAAUGGAAUUGAAUUCCCACUUGGUUAUGAAUGCCGCCUUAGUUACUCCCUCCCCUACAAUGUGUUUCCCCAAUGGAGAUGUCUGUCUAACCCAGACAUCACCCAGUAGCAGUAUUUUUUAAUUUUACAUGUUAAGAACAGAUAUGUUUUUUUUGUGGGGGGGG